CCGCCCGGCCAGCCAACCGCGAUCCAACGGCGCCAAACCAUUUUACGCGUUCGCGCUUUCGCAAAAAUCGCCUUGAAAAUGAUCUGAAACUCGCCCUUAUGAUCCUUAAGCCCUACUGGACCCUAUUUUUUGUCCUAACGAUAUUUAUUUUCGUUUAUUACAAUGUUUUUAUGGUGCUGGACGUUUCGAAUAGGGACGCGACAUCAUCAUCAGGAUUAUCUGUUACGAAUAUUGUGGCGUAUUCGUUGAAGAAGAGGGUGGAGUUGGACAGUGAGGAGUAUUUCUGUGAUAAAAUUGAGAAGAGUGUGGAUGAAAGUGAUGGAUAUAGUGGGAAAAGUUGGAGAAGGAUAAGAGAUAGUGAAGUGUAUGUGUAUUCGGUUAACAUGGAUCGAAGAUUGGAGCCUUAUAUUUAUUUGAGAAUUAUAGCUAUGAUAAAAGGUUCUUGGAAUGGUACAAUUUACUGUCAAUUUUUAUCCACCCACGGACAUAUAAAAGUGAUUAAAUCUACUGUUACGCCCAUAUGGUUCACCGAGUGGGAUAAAGAGGACAAGAAUGUUUACUAUAAUCCCACAUUUAUUUCAUGCAGGGUACCACAUAUUUUCAGUUCUGAAAAUGCUCCAAAAAUAUUUUUAUCUACCAAACCAUGUGAAAUAUCAAGUCAAGCUUUCCACGUAUAUUUAACCAAUGAUACAGAGAUUAGAAACUUUACUGUAUGUGUGAAACCCAUGAAUUUUCAAGCAGAUAUUUCAAAUUAUCUAGUUCAAUGGAUUGAAAUGAACAAAUUACUUGGAGCAGAAUAUUUUCAUAUAUUUUUAGGAAAUAUUAAUGAAAAUACCAGGAAAAUACUAAAAUGGUACAAAUCAACUUCUCCAAAUAUGUUUAAAUUGGAAAAUUUUGAAUUAAUUGACAGCUUUCAAUAUUUGCCCACAGAUCUCAUUAGAAAAACAUGGCAAAGACGCAGAUACGAAAUAAUUUCAUACAACGAAUGCUUUUAUAAGAACCUAAAUUCAAAAUACAUCAUUCCCUUGGAUAUUGAUGAAAUAAUCCUACCAAAAACCGCAGAUACUUGGAGAAAUCUAGUGCAUAAUUUACAUAACUAUGCCUCCCUGUCAAUUAGAAACGUCUAUUUCUUCACUGAAGAUACAUACACUUCGAACAAGUCAGUUUUCUUCAACUAUAUCUACAGGACAGGCAAGAUGAACCAAAUAGGCGAAAAUACCAAAAGUUUUAUACCUACUAAAAACGCCUUGACUGUAUUUAAUCACUACUCGCUGCAUUUGCUGAGACCCGGUAUAAGGAAGAACUAUUUCUUUCCUUUUGAAGACGCCCAAUUAAACCAUUACAAGGAAUCAUGUGACGCUGUGAUAUUUCCGGAAUGUUCUACCUACCUUUCUAGUCCAAAAGUCGUAGAUAAAACUAUUGUUAAGUUUAGGAAUAAGUUUAAUGAGAAUUACAAAAAUGUACUGAAGAAAAUAAGUUAUAAUAAAAUACUGUAGUGUA